UCAUUUAGCUAUCAAGAUCAUAUUCUUAUUCCAGUAAUGCUUCCUCUUCACAGCUUUCCUAACAAAAAGCAAAGCGACAAGCAAAAAGGAGGAAGGGAUGAUAGUAGCUCGGAGAAAUCAGCUGAAAGAGCCAAACUGCUGAUCUGAAUUUUAGUGGUUGGGAAAUUACCUGAAGAGCUAUGAAGGCCUGGCUGCUCCUGGUUGCUGCUUUUCUUCUCUGGCCAGGCUGCUCUUCUCAAAAGGCAUGUGAAGAACCAGAUGAGAUUGACUUUGGGGAAAUUGUGAGUGCUGAGAAAGCCAAAUACCUGGAAAAUGACCGAGUGCAAUACAGGUGCAACCCUUCCUAUGUCUUGGAGGGACCUGAAUGGAUUCAAUGUAACGGACAAAAAUGGACACCUCAUCCACCAAAAUGCUUGGCACCCUGCAGUAUCACAAGACAACAGCUAACAAGAAAAAACUUGUUUGUGUUUGGGAAUCAAAGAAAAGCUCAGUUUAUUCAAAGUGAUCAUAGCCUGCAGUUUCAGUGCAAUGAAGGAUAUGUCCUCGUGGUUCCAUCAGUCAGAAAGUGUGUUGAUGGUUACAUGGAUUUGCCUUUAUGUAUCUCCGAGAGAGGAAAAAACUGCAGUGGUCCACCCAGGACUGAGAACGGAGACAUUACUACUUUAUCUGAGAAGCAGUACAGAUCUGGCUCUUCAGUAGAAUUCAGAUGCCAAACAUAUUAUGCCAUAGGAGGCCAGAACAGAUCUUUUUGUAACAAUGGGACCUGGACAAAGGUGCCAAUUUGCCUUGAUCCCUGUAUGAUCCCCAGGACUGAACUGGAAAGCCAGAAGAUAGAAGUUAAAGAUGAAAUAGGUGCACCUGAAAAUAUAUUUGUGCAACAUGGUCAUUCUAUUGAGCUCGCCUGUAGAACAGGAUAUGUCCUGGCAGCAAAUUCUUCCAAAUCAGCUUUUGUAAUCCAUUGUGAUGGGACACCACCAGUGUUUCCUAAAUGCAAAGAAAUUACAUGCAACUCUCCAAGAAUAUCUAAUGGUACUUUCCGACCUCAAAGAACUAUAUAUCAUGAUGGGGAUCUAAUUCGAAUUCAGUGUGACAGUGGAUUUACUUUUGAUCCAGAUAAUGGAGAAAAGGUGGUUGAAUGCACAAAGAAUGGAUGGUCACCUCCACCAAAAUGUAUCAAAAUAACUUGCCAGGCAGACUAUAUUGAAAAUGGAAACGUAUUAUCUCCAAAGAUCACUUAUAAGGAAGGUGAGAGAAUACGAUUCUCCUGUAAUGAAGGAUACUCACAUGUUGACAGACAAGAUGCCUUAUGUACUGAGACUGGAUGGGGUACAAAGCUUCAAUGUGAAGAAAUUAAAUGUUUCCCUCCAGAAGUGACGAAUGGCUACCUUCAAUAUAGACGAGAUCACUAUAUGUACAAUGAUGAAAUUGAAACAAUAUGUAAUGAAGGGUUUGUCUUUGGAGGCCCCGGAAAGGUUUCCAAAUGCACUGCAACUGGUUGGCAUCCUCCUCCUGUCUGUAAACAAAACGGCUGUGACUAUAUCCGUAUAGAAAAUGGAAGAAUGGCUGAUCGUUUUGAAUGGUAUAAACCAUUUCCAUUAUGGCAGGGACAAUCAAUUGAGUUUUAUUGUUAUCGUGGUUAUCUGCCUAAAGACAAGCAAAGAUGGCAAACAGCAAGGUGCAUCAAUUCCCGCUAUGACCCAGAACCAAAGUGUUUCAAAAUCUGUGAUCCUGCUCAACAUUUUUAUUAUGGUCACAUCAUUUAUAACUACUAUAACACAUACAUAGAAGGUGACAACGUUACAUUUGUUUGUGAUAUGGGAUAUUCUCCUUCAACCCAGCAAUCAUCAAUUACUUGCACAAAAAAGGGAUGGUCACCUGCUCCAAGAUGUAUCCGGCCAGUUGAACACACUUGUACGAAGGUUUUUCUAUCCCAUGGAAAUUUUGGAUCGCAGCAACAGAGUUUUCAGAUCAAUGCUAAAGCAAAAUAUAUUUGUCAUGAUGGCUAUACAACGUCAAAAGGAGAGACUGAGGCAGAGACACAGUGCCUUAAAGAGGGCUGGAGCCCAGAGCCAGAAUGUAUCAAUCUAAGCAAAGCAAAUGAACAAUAGGACACAUACCACACCCUUUGAACCAGAAGAUGAAUAUCUGAAGUCGUAUACUAUUUUCUUUCAUAUGAUCCCAUGAAGCUGGAUUGUAUAUACACAGUUAUAAACAGUGGAUCCGAAUCUAAAAGUCUAUUUUGUAAAAGAUAGAUUUUACCAACUGUAAUUACUGGGAAAAUAAUAACAUUUAAAAAUAAAUUUAUAGACCACCUUUAAGGCAGAUAAAAUUUUACAGUAUAACAUUAUAAAUAACUUUUUUUAAAUGUAUCUGGAGUGAGAAAUGAAUUUUUUUUUCUAUAUACUGUAAUUUUACCUUUAAAUGUUUGAUUCAUCUGAACAAUCAAUCAGCAGCCCAUCUUAAAGCAAUGACAAUAGAUAAUUGUAGUUGAUAUGUUUAGCAUAUGGAUUCUUGAAUUCUUCAAAAAAUAAAAGAAAUCCAAAAAUGA